AGUUGUUUUUGUAAUGUUGGAGUCUCUGCAUGUAGCUAGCUAACCCGUCCACCGACGAAGGCCAUUGUAAAGAUCCACAUCACAGCCCUCGGCAACGGAUUUCUGUUGCGUAGUUUAAAACAGGUUAGCAUUCUGGGAGCCAAACCAUGGUUAGUAAAACGGAUGACAUCCCAGCAUCAGUCCCGAGCUGCAACUCUGUUGAUCUUGGCCAGGACAGCGAGACGUCAGAAAAGACGGAUAACAAGGCAAACCUGAAGGAUCCUUGUGCUUGCGGACACAGUGUUGGAGCAGCAGUGAUGAAUGGGGAUGGGGGUCACGAUCAGACAGAGGAGGCGGAGUCUAAGCAAGAUGGCAGUGGUGAUGCAGACCCGGGAGAGGAGCCCAGUGAACAAGAGGUGAUCGUGAUCCAGGACACUGGCUUCACCGUGAAGAUCCAAGCCCCGGGCACAGAACCUUUUGACUUGCAGGUAUCUCCACAAGAAAUGGUGCAGGAGAUCCACCAGGUGCUUAUGGACCGAGAGGACACCUGCCACCGUACCUGUUUCUCGUUGCAAUUGGACGGGAAUGUUCUAGACAACUUUGCUGAGCUCAAGUCCAUCGAGGGCCUCCAGGAAGGCUCUUUACUCAAAGUAGUUGAAGAGCCAUAUACAGUGCGUGAAGCUCGUAUUCACGUACGCCACAUUAGAGAUCUGCUGAAGAGCCUGGAUCCCUCUGAUGCCUACAAUGGAGUGGACUGCAACUCUCUCUCCUUCCUCAGUGUCUUCACUGAUGGGGAUCUAGGAGACAGUGGGAAACGCAAGAAGAAGGGCAGCGAUCUGGAGCAGAUUGACUGCACCCCUCCUGAGCACAUCCUGCCUGGCAGCAAAGAUCGCCCCCUAGCCCCCCUUCAGCCACAGAACAAAGACUGGAAGCCACUGCAGUGUCUGAAGGUCCUGACGAUGAGUGGCUGGAACCCACCGCCUGGUAACAGAAAGAUGCACGGCGAUCUUAUGUACCUGUAUGUAGUGACUGUGGAGGAGCGGCACGUCAGCAUCACUGCCUCAACCCGCGGAUUCUACCUCAACCAGUCCACCACCUACACCUUCAACCCCAAGCCAGCCAACCCCAGUUUCCUGAGUCACUCUUUAGUGGAACUCCUGAGCCAGAUCAGCCCCGCCUUCAAGAAGAACUUCACCGCCCUGCAGAAGAAGAGGGUCCAAAGACAUCCGUUUGAGAGGAUAGCUACACCGUUUCAGGUUUACAGUUGGACCGCUCCUCAGAUUGACCAUGCUAUGGACUGUGUGAGAGCCGAGGACGCCUACACGUCCCGCCUCGGCUAUGAGGAGCAUAUACCUGGUCAGACUCGUGACUGGAACGAGGAGCUCCAGACAACCAGAGAGCUGCCUCGCAAGAACCUCCCAGAACGCUUGCUGCGAGAGAGAGCCAUAUUCAAGGUGCACAGCGACUUUGCCGCCGCAGCCACUCGUGGAGCGAUGGCCGUGAUCGACGGCAACGUCAUGGCGAUCAACCCCGGGGAGGAGACGCGCAUGCAGAUGUUUAUCUGGAACAACAUCUUCUUCAGUUUGGGCUUUGAUGUGCGGGACCACUACAGAGAGCUCGGGGGGGACGCCGCUGCCCACGCCGCCCCCACCAACGACCUGAACGGGGUACGGGCGUAUGGCGCGGUAGACGUUGAAGGACUCUACACCCUGGGUACUGUGGUCGUGGACUACAGGGGCUACCGUGUUACGGCUCAGUCCAUCAUCCCUGGCAUCCUGGAACGCGAACAGGAACAGAGCGUCAUAUAUGGCUCCAUUGACUUUGGAAAAACUGUGGUGUCACACCCCAAGUACUUGGAGCUAUUGGAGAAAACCAGCCGGCCGCUGAAGGUGCAACGCCAUGCCGUUCUCAACGAGAAGGAGAACGCGGUGGAGCUCUGCUCUUCCGUCGAGUGCAAGGGCAUCAUUGGAAACGACGGCCGCCAUUACAUCCUGGACCUUCUUCGCACCUUCCCUCCGGACCUCAACUUCCUGCCUGUUGAAGGGGAAGAGCUUGCGCCGGAAAGCCAAAGGCUGGGCUUCCCUCGGCAACACCGUCACCGUCUGGCCUGCCUACGUCAGGAACUUAUCGAGGCCUUUGUAGAGCACAGGUACCUCCUCUUUAUGAAGAUGGCAGCUCUCCAGCUGAUGCAGCAAAAAGCAAAUAAAGAGAACAAGAUGACAGCCUUGCCUGAGAGCGGAACCACUGUACCAGAGCCUUCCAGCAACAUCACAGAGACUCAGAGCACACCUACAGCUUCCCCUGAGGCUUCAGAGACUACCACAACCCCUGAGGUCAGCACCACACCUGAAACCACAACAACCCCCGAAUCCACACCGGUUCCCGAAGCUGAAACAGAAACCCCAUCAGCUUCAACACCCGAAAUCCCGACAUCCGCUGACGCCGAGCAGACCCCCGCCACCCAAGACACGGCGACCACCAAUGGAACCCUGGAGCCUGCGGCCAGUGAGAGUCAGAAUGGGGGAUGUGACAGUCCCUUGGAGGGUAAGGAGGCUGAGGAAAAUAUCCCGGGACUGGCUCAGGCCAAAGAGCUAGCUGAAUCCUUAGCAUCCGAAGACGGAUCCGGUAUUGACCCCAAAAGUCGAGAGGUGGUCCUGAAUGCCUGCAAAGCCGUCGGCUCCAUCAGCAACACCUCCUUCGACAUUCGCUUCAACCCCGACAUUUUCUCUCCAGGAGUACGAUUCCCAGAAGAUAGCGCUGAUGACAUCCAGAAACAGAAACAGCUCCUUAAAGAUGCCGCAGCGUUCCUUGUAUCCUGUCAGAUCCCUUCCCUGGUGAAGGACUGUUUAGACCAUAGUGCUUUGCCUAUGGAUGGUGCCACACUGGCGGAGGCCCUCCAUCAGCGUGGUAUUAAUGCACGUUACCUUGGCACUGUACUGGAGUUUGUGGACAAGACUCCAGCAAAAGCACAACUUGAACAUUUCUAUAGAAUAGGAAUUACUGAGCUGAUCACAAGAUGUGCAAAACAUAUCUUCAAGACAUAUCUACAGGGUGUGGAGCUUUCUGCUCUCUCUGCUGCUGUGAGCCAUUUCCUGAACUGCCUCCUCAGCUCCUUCCCAGAUGCUGUCGCCCAUCUCCCUGCGGACGAGUUAGUGUCGCGCAGAAAGAAUCGCAAGAGGCGUAACAGGGUCCCUGGUGGCGGGGACAACACGGCCUGGGCCAGUCUGACGCCCAGCGAGCUCUGGAAGAGCAUUGUGACUGAGGCCCAGAGCUACUAUCACUUCAGUAUGCAAUGUGAGAGUGUGGAUCAGGCCGUGGAGAAAUACGGACUGCAGAAGAUCACCUUGCUACGAGAAAUCUCCAUUAAGACUGGCAUCCAGAUCCUAUUAAAGGAGUACAACUUCGACAGCCGCCACAAGCCUGCCUUUACUGAGGAGGACAUCCUGAACAUCUUCCCCGUGGUUAAACAUGUCAACCCCAAAGCCUCAGACGCCUUCCAUUUCUUCCAGAGUGGACAGGCUAAAGUGCAACAAGGUUUCCUUAAGGAGGGCUGUGAGCUGAUUAACGAGGCCUUGAACCUGUUUAAUAACGUGUAUGGAGCUAUGCAUGUGGAGAUCUGUGCCUGUCUGCGUCUGCUGGCUCGUCUCAACUACAUCAUGGGAGACCACCCAGAGGCCCUCAGUAACCAGCAGAAGGCUGUUCUGAUGAGCGAGAGAGUGCUGGGUAUUGAGCAUCCCAACACUAUUCAAGAAUAUAUGCAUUUGGCUUUGUACUGCUUUGCCAACGGGCAGUUGUCCACUGCCCUGAAGCUGCUGUACCGUGCACGCUACCUCAUGCUCCUGGUGUGUGGGGAGGACCAUCCUGAGAUGGCGCUCUUGGAUAGCAAUAUUGGCCUGGUGCUGCACGGAGUGAUGGAGUAUGAUCUGUCUCUGCGCUUCUUAGAGAACGCCUUAGCCAUCAACUCCAAAUACCACGGUCCCCGUUCUCUCAAAGUAGCACUCAGUCAUCACCUGGUGGCAAGAGUGUAUGAGAGUAAAGCUGAGUUCCGCUCAGCACUGCAACACGAGAAGGAGGGUUACACCAUCUACAAAAACCAGGUUGGAGAAGCCCAUGAGAAGACAAAGGAGAGCUCCGAGUACCUGAAGUACCUCACUCAGCAGGCUGUGGCUUUACAGAGAACCAUGAACGAGAUCUAUAAGAACGGUUCCAAUGCUAGCAUCAUGCCUCUCAAAUUCACAGCUCCGAGCAUGGCUAGCGUCCUGGAGCAGCUCAACAUCAUUAACGGAAUCAUCUUCAUUCCUUUAAGCCAAAAGGACUUGGAGAACCUAAAGGCAGAGGUCCAGAGGCGGCAGCAGCUUCAGGAAUCUGGGAAAGCUGAGGAACAGCCAGAGGACAGUCAGCCAGAACUGGACGACAAAAUCCCCAUCGAUGAUUAAUGCCGCACACCCCCCCCCCCCCCCCCCCCCCCCGUCUCUCAGACAGAGGGGCGGGGAGGCCACAAUGCAACAGCCACCUGCUUGAACCUGUGGACCUAAGAACCAAGCCGUCUAGUGUAACCACGAAAAUUGUGAAAGGGGAGGGCCAGGGCAGUCAGGGAAAAUUUGUCUGUGUGCUCUGUUCAGUUAUUAACAGUAAUAAGGAGCGUAAAACCAGCGUUUGGGGAAAAAAAAAGUGCAAUGCAAGGGCCUGUCCGAGGCCCCAUAGAGGGAGUGCGGAGAAUGCGACUGUUUUUUGUUUUUUUUUUUGUUUGUUUUUUUUUGUCUGCCAGUGUAAAUGAAUGAAUGAGGCUGCAGAUGACCAAGGAUGACCAUGACAUUGUUAUUACCAGAGCCUUAUUCAUUAUCCAUAAC